AUGUGGCUUAAAUUACUUUUUGGAGUGCUUAUGUACUUUGAAGUAGAAUAACUAGGAAAAAUUGCUAUAAAAAGUUAAUUCUAAAAUGAUCUCUUGAUUUCAUAUACAAGUAUCAUCUAAAUUUUAAACAAGAUGCCUUUUCUUCUGGAUUAUUUUUAGCUGUUGGGAUAGUUCAUAUCCUACCAGAAGCUAAUGAAAUAUUAUUAGAAUACAUAGAUUAUCCUAUUGCAUUUUUAAUUGCAAUUAUGGGAUUUUCACUUCUACUAUUUGUAGAAAAGAUUUUAUUCAGAAAUGUAGAAGACAACCCUUGUUGUUCUAAUUGUUAGGAAUUGUAAGAAUUAGAUCACCAUUAAAAGCAUCAUUAAGCCAUACUCCUUGAAAAUUUUGAUCAUUAACAUACAGAUAAAUUAAUUCACUCUUUAAAACACAAUUAAAAUAAUCUAAAACCAUAUUUAUUAUCGGCUGCUAUAGGAUUACAUGCUAUUUUUGAAGGAAUAGCUGUUGGAGUUACAGCACGAACUUCUGAUACCUUAGCUUUAGGAUUAUCUUUGAUGGGACAUAAAUGGGCUGAAGGAUGGGCCUUAGGAGUAGCUUUUAGAGAAUCUAACGUUGAAAAAGCUAUAUAAGUUAAAUUCAUUAUAUUUGCGGCCUUGCUCUCACCAAUAGGUAUCCUGAUUGGAAUUAUUAUUGCCAGAGAAAGUACUUUAAUAUCGGGAAUCGUUUAAAGUAUAACUGCUGGAACUUUUAUUUAUAUAGCCUCAACUGAAUUAAUUGUUGAAGAAUUCAAUAAGAAUAACAACAAAUUAAUUAAAUACAUUCUAUACCUUUUAGGUAUAAUGCUAAUGUCGUUUAUUGUUUAUUUGGAGUGA